CUCAGUGAACGACACCGUGUUGCGCCGACAUUGACUUGCCAACAAUGCAAACAGUAACUCUCUUAGCUUAAUCUGACAAUACAAACCAAUGUGUCUGACUUAAGUUCCAAUGAAGAUUUUGUGAACGUUUGCCAAGUAGCGAGCCUUAAAGUAGCGGUUUACGCCUUGAAGUUAAACGAAAAAGCGUUGGCGCUUUGGUCACUUUUUGAACAGACGAAACCUUUGAGAGCACAUUUUUACGGCAGAGAAACUAGACAUUUCAGAGUCAAUGCAACGACUACUGUGUGAGAAAAUGGUCCCAGAGACGAGACCUGGGGGGACCUCGGUGCUGAAUAACAACAACGACGUGAAGGAUCAUAGAAGAAAGCUGCUCAUAUUUUUGGAUAUCUUCUGCUUAUUCUUGGCUGGCCUUCCCUUCCUGAUCAUAGAGUCUAGCGCUAUCAAGCCCUACAAGAGAGGGUUUUACUGCCACGAUGAGUCCAUCAAGUACCCGUCCAAACACGGAGACACCAUUAGCGAUGCUGUGCUUUCUGCUGCUGGCAUUCUUAUCGUCAUCCUCUCUAUUGUCAUUGGCGAGAGCUACAGAAUCCACUAUCUGCAUGAGGGCUCCAAAGCAUUUGUAAGGAACCCGUACAUCUCUGCCCUCUACAAGCAAGUGGGCAUGUUCAUCUUCGGCUGUGCCAUCAGCCAGUCCUUCACCGACAUCGCCAAAGUGUCAGUGGGCCGGCUGCGACCUCACUUCCUGGACGUGUGCAAGCCAGACUUCACCACCAUCAACUGUUCGCUAGGCUACAUCACCGAAUACACCUGUCAGGGGGAUGACAGCAAGAUUCUUGAGGCCAGGAAGUCCUUCUUCUCGGGCCACGCAUCAUUCUCUAUGUACACCAUGCUGUACCUGACCUUCUACCUGCAGUCGCGUUUCACCUGGCAUGGCGCUCGACUGCUGAGGCCUCUGGUGCAGUUCACCCUGCUGAUGAUGGCCUUCUACACCGGCCUGUCCCGGGUCUCCGAUCACAAGCAUCACCCCACCGACGUGCUGGCUGGGUUCUUUCAAGGAGCUGUUGUGGCUUAUUGUAUUGUAUUUUAUGUGUCAGACCUUUUCAAGUCAAAGACCCGUAAAUCCUCACUACCUGUAACACCCAUCAGGAAAGAUCUGCACUCGCCGGGGGACAUCAGAGACCACCUCACCAACCACCUCAGCUUACCGUGAGCUCCAACUCACUCACGAGUGGACUUACCAAACACUGGACAAUCUCUCAACCAUACACUCAAACUGCUUUUAAAACCAUGUUGAUUGUGAAUUCAAGUUCGCAAGAACCAUGCCGCACAUUCACACUGUUAAGACCUAUGGCAACUGGAAGAAGACAUGUGGAAUCAUUCUUUUUAUACUUUCAUUGUUUUAAUGCUGCACCUCUGUCAAAUAGGUAUAAAGCCAUAUUGGAUUGUCUUGAGAAACAUGUGAUUAGCAAUAGUUGUUACACAAUUUGUAGUCAUAUGCCACACAAUUAAUGUUUAUAACCAUUCCUCUGAUGAGAAAACAAAUUCCUAGGCUAAAGGAAGGAUUCUUUUUGUCUGUGUAUAUAAGACACACAUGCAUAGUAUUAUGAUAUUAUCGCAUAUUCAUUCACAGUAUUGGCGAAUGUGACAGUGAUAGAGCAUCUCUUCUUGAAAAAGCUAGGAGGACUUUGGUUGCCCCAGAUGCAUAAGCUGGUGCUGUUUUGUUUUGUCCUUCGAGAGGGCGUCUCAGUGAAAAACUAUAAAUAUGAAGGGGCACAUUUAAGUUUGGGCCUGUUUCCGCUGGUUGGAUAGCGCCCUCAUUGUGAAAUUAUGUUUUUGGGUUUUUAUAUUUUUAUAUUGUGGUAUCGUGUCUGCAAGUGUGUGUGAGUAAUGUCAGAAUUGUGACCACUGACAGUAAGUUUGCCUGUCAAGUCAAUGAAAGAACUUCAGCACAGAGACCAUAGGUUGCUCUCACAGAUCCAACUAUAUGGUGAUCUUUAUGAAACUGUGGAUUUGUUUUCCUAUGCACCACUUAAUCGGUAAUAAUUAUAUUUGUGCAUAAGUUGGUUUGUUUGUUUGUUUAAUGUUUUUUAUUUUUGUUUUAUUGUAUUAGUAUGUAUGUUUAUUUGUCAGCAUAUGAUGAACUGUUUGUUCACAGUGCAAACUGAAUUUUGUAACAAUUGUUUAAUGUCAUGUAUCUUCAAAACCACAAUCAGUAUUUUCUUGUCUAUGCACAGACCUGUAUGAACAUUUUUGAAAUGACUUCCACUUGGAACCAUAUGCUGUUUUUAAAGAAAAGAAUCAAGUAGAUUCCAAUGCGUUGGUAUGUAGGUAUUCUUAAGCUUUCGUAUAAUAAUGAAAAUGUUUCAGGGUAUAUGAAUACCUCGAAGGCCACACACAUGAUGAAAGUCUAAACAUGAGUAAAUUUUUGUAUAAUUACAGUG